AUGGAAAAGAAACUUUCACGCGAAAAGAUUUUAUUCUUUCAAGAAUUAGAGAUGGACAGAAUUUUAUCGGCGUUCAAAUUGAAUCCUUAUGAUAUUCUAGAAUGUCCAAUGGAAGCAGAUGAAAAACAAAUAACAAAGAUUUAUCGAAAGAAGAGCCUUUUGAUUCAUCCUGACAAAGUUAAAGAUCCAAGAGCGGAACAUGCUUUUAGCUUACUCAAACAAGCCUCACUUCAUCUUCAAGACGAAAAGAAACGAAAUGCUUUGGAUGAAGUGGUAAUGUCUGCACGUGUGGUGUGUCUGAAAGAGCUGGGACUACCUGCAAACAUAGAUGGUGACGAUGAAAGAUUAAGAGGAUUAAUACCUUCAUUCGAAGAAAGAGUACGAAAAGGAACAAAAGAAAUGAUGAUUGAUGAUGAAGUGAGAAGGCGAAGGGCGGUACGCAUCCAACACGCUGCUGAAGGAGAAGAACAAAGAAAACGUGAAGACGCGGAGAAUGAGCGAAAACGAAAAGUGGAAGAGAAGGAGCAAUGGGAGAACAAUAGACAAGAUCGCAUCGAUAAUUGGAGACAAUUUCAAAAGGGAGGAUCGAGUGGGAAAUCAAAGAAGAAGAAAAUCAACGCAAAAGGACCUCCUUUGUUAGGAUGA